GUGUGGACCACUCCUUUCUGCAUCAUGUGUGGAAUUUGGGAGUGAGACUCAGCAAUGCAUGAGAGUCAGUCAACUCCUGUAAUGGAACCUGAGCCUUACUUAACUGUUGUGUUUUGGCUAGUGAGUUCAUCACUAAGAAUCAUUCUCAUUUCAGAAUAGUUAAGACUACACAAAAUCCUAUGGCAUCAACACCUGCUCUGUUAUUGCUAGUGUUGUUGAUGCUAUUUGCAAAUGAAACCACAGCUGAGACAAACCACACUCACCUCAUUUCUAUAGGGUCUGUGAUAUCUCCUACAGGCACGCACGCUUCAUGGGCAUCACGUUCUGGCCUCUUUGCUUUUGGCUUUUACCCCCAUGGUAAUAGCUAUGCUGUUGGAAUAUGGCUGCUUAAUCAACCUAACCACACAAUUGUGUGGACUCAUAAUCGUGAUAGUCCAUCAGUGCCUUCAAAUUCCACAUUGAGAUUGACCAAAGAAGGCGGGCUACUUCUUCUGCAAGGAAAUGAAGACCCAGAGUUUCUCACUCCACUUUAUUAUUUAUAUCAGGCUAAAGUAGAAGUGGCUUCAGCAUCUAUGCUUGAUUCUGGCAACUUUGUGCUUUAUGAUAAGAAUUUUAGUAUGUUAUGGAGUAGUUUCCAUAACUCAAUGCCAAGUGACACCAUAUUAGGUGGCCAGAAUUUGACAAGUGGAGCGAAGCUGGUCUCUAGUGUGUCACAAUCAGACCAUUCGAGUGGACAUUUUUGGCUAAGAAGUCAGUUUGAUUAUGUACACCUAGCUGCUUGCCGUGUGAACAGCACAUGUGAACCGGAGGAUGCUUAUUGGGCUAAAAACACAUACUUUGAAGGUUAUGGUUAUCUACAGCUCAGUCUUAGCAUUGAAGGUUCGCUUUGCCUACAAGAUUAUUCCUCUGGUUCUGAACUAGAGUGUUUAGCUAGUAGCAAGAACCUCACAGACAAGUCAAAGAAUGCAACUUUUAUCUACCGUGCUACACUUGAUGAAGAUGGGAACUUCAGAUUGUAUGCUCACCAAUUCAAGGGAAAUACUAGCUCAGGUGUGCAAACGCUGUGGAAAGCCGUGGAGGGGGAUAAAUGUCAAGUCCCGCUUUGUGGCUUGAACAGUUACUGCUUCAUCAAGAGCGACAAAGCCAUGUGUCAGUGUUAUCCUGGUUUCAUCCGUAUCAAGAGUGGUGGUAACGAUACCAGGUUUCUCGACUGCGAACAGAACCACAGCAAAGAUAAUUGUGAGAGCAUAGAGGACCCAACAACGAUGUACAAUAUGACUUCCUUGAAGGAUAUCUACUGGGGUGGUUCUCCUUAUUUGGUUGUGCCAAUGGAGAUGGAAACUUGCAAGAAGUCUUGUCAGAAAGACUGUGAUUGCAGGGCAGUGUUAUAUAAGAGCAGCAUCUGCGAAAAAUAUAAGCUUCCACUUCUAUAUGGAAGAAGCUCUAAAGAUGCAUCAACGACGGCCUUCUUGAAGAUGCCUUCAGGAAUUGUCCUAAGUCCUACUUCAAACGAAACUGCUCUAUCUUCAACAAAGCCCUCCCUCUUUGUUGAUGACAAGAGAAGUCUUAUAAUGAUUCUGUCCUUUACUCUGGGUUGGAUUUCGUUUUUUGGUUUGGUCUUUGUAUUGUAUAUUUUCAUCAUUUACAGGCGUCAAGUUCAUAGGUAUGCAAUAUUGUCUGCAAGUGAAAAUCUGGGAUUUGUAGAAGAAUGUUCCUUGCGUUCAUUUUCCUUUGAUGAACUUGUGAAAUCAACUGGAGGCUUUGCAGAGGAGAUAGGCAGAGGAUCUUUUGGAGCGGUUUAUAGAGGCACAAUAGGUGACAGUAACAGAAUGGUUGCUGUGAGGAGACUUGAGAAAUUUGUUGAUGAAGGGGAGAGGGAAUUCCAAGCAGAAAUCACUGCCAUUGCUCGAACUCAUCAUAAAAAUCUGGUGAAGCUCAUUGGUUUCUGCAUUGAUGGAUCUAGGAAGCUUCUUGUUUUUGAAUAUCUCAGCAAUGGGUCUCUUGCAGAUCUUCUCUUCAAGUCUCAUAUGACUAUGGCUUGGAAAGAGAGAUUAAAGAUUGCAUUAGACGUGGCUAGAGGAGUCUUAUAUCUGCAUGAGGAGUGUGAUGUUCGGAUUAUCCACUGCAACAUAAAGCCUCAGAAUAUACUCAUGGAUGAAAUGUGGACUGCAAAGAUAUCCGAUUUUGGAUUUGCAAGGCUGUUGAAACCCAGCUAUUCAAGAAUGAAGAAAAUGGAUGACAAGAGAAGUAGGUACUUGGCACCUGAAUGGCAGAAGGAUGAAUCAGUGUCAGUUAAAGCUGAUGUUUAUAGUUUUGGGGUGGUGUUACUGGAGAUUGCAUGCCGUAGAAGCAGUAUUGAUAUGAAUUGAUGGUUUCAGUGGCUAAGAAAAGGGGGGGUUGAAUCUUAGCCCCCUUUUUAAAUGCUAACACUUGCUGUCCUUCAGAGAAGACUUUUCUGUUUUUGCUCGUCACUAGACACGAGCAACUUUGUUUUGUCUCGUCCCUUGCCACGAGAUUUUUUGUUUUGUCUCGUCACUUGGCAUGAGAUAAUACUAGUUUUUGCUCCUGUGUAGUGGAAAACAGAAAUGGAGUAGAAAGAGAAGAAGAUUGCACCCAGAUAUAUCCUGGUUCGGCUGCUAAGUGCAGUGCAGCCUACAUCCAGUCUCCAUCACAAACAUGAUGGAAUUUCACUAUAAUCAAUCUGAUUACAACUUGUAAAGUGCUAACCCAACUUACAAGGGGAUUCCCACAGAAUCAUGAUACACAACAUAGAUGAACAAAAGACCUCUAAGACAUCUAUGGCUUUUUCUUUUAAUUUUGCACUCUCUGCCUU